GUCCGUACGUGUUUGCGUGUAGUCACAGUUCCCGCCAUCAGCGGGUUUAGGUGUGUUAGGGAAAAGACCGGCCUUGCUGCCUGGAGCUAGGGGAGCCCCUUCCUGCCGAGCUUUUCGGCUCCACCCCCUCCGCGAGAACUUUGUGCUUCCGGCAGGCUUGUCCGGAGCUGGGACCCUCUGGCACAGCUGAGUUGAUGACUGCAGGAGGGACCACUGGUAGAGCUGAAGAAUAUGAAUAGUUUCUCAAGAAAAGUACAUUGCUUUUGGCACAAGAAGCAGAAUAACUGUGAAUUAUUAUCACGUGGAAUUUUUCAGUAAAAAUCACUGUAAAAAUUCAUCAGGUGAACAUAUAUUUUUUGCUUUUUAGUUUGGUUAAAAGCAAUUUAUUUUUAAAGAAAAUGUCUCCUCUGAAGAUAUAUGGUCCUAUCAGAAUUCGAAGUAUGCAGACUGGGAUUACAAAGUGGAAAGAAGGAUCCUUUGAAAUUGUGGAAAAAGACAAUAAAGUCAGCCUGGUAGUUCACUACAACACUGGAGGAAUUCCAAGAGUAUUUCAGCUAAGUCAUAACAUUAAAAAUGUGGUACUACGACCCAGUGGAACAAAACAAAGUCGCCUAAUGUUGACUUUACAAGAUAACAGCUUCUUGUCUAUUGACAAAGUACCAAGUAAGGAUGCAGAGGAAAUGAGGUUGUUCCUAGAUGCAGUCCAUCAAAACAGACUUCAUGCAGCUAUGAAACCUUCUCAAGGUUCUGGUAGUUUUGGAACUAUUCUGGGCAGCAGGACCUCUCAGAAGGAAACUAACAGACAGCUUUCUUAUUCAGACAAUCAGGCCUCUUCAAAAAGAGGAAGUUUAGAAACUAAAGAUGAAAUUCCAUUUCGAAAAGUUCUUGGCAGUCCUGGUAGAGGACCGAUUAAGACUGUAACCGGAAGUGGAAUGGCUGUUACCCGAACUAUUCCUUCUUUGACGCUGACAUCAACACCUCUUAGAUCAGGACUAUUAGAAAACCGCACUGAAAAGAGGAAAAGAAUGCUGUCUGGUUCAGAGCUGACUGAAGAUUAUCCUAAGGAAAAUGAUUCAUCGUCGAACAACAAAGCUAUGACAGACCCUUCAAGAAAAUAUUUAACCAGCAGUAGAGAAAAGCAGCUGAGUUUGAAACAGGCAGAAGAAAAUCGAACAUCAGGGCUUUUACCUCUGCAGUCAUCCUCGUUCUAUGGGAGCAGAGCUGGGUCAAAGGACUACUCUUGUGGUGGCACUAACCUGGACAGGUGUAAUGUUUCAAGCCAGACUCCUUCUGCCAAAAGAAGCCUGGGGUUUCUUCCUCAGCCAGCUCCUCUGUCUGUUAAAAAACUGAGGUGUAACCAGGAUUACGCGGGCUGGAACAAACCUAGAGGGCCCCUUUCCGCCCAUCAACAGCAGCUGCAGGGAUUCUCCAAUUUGGGAAAUACAUGCUAUAUGAAUGCUAUCUUACAAUCUCUGUUUUCACUCCAGUCGUUUGCAAAUGAUUUGCUUAAACAAAGUAUCCCAUGGAAGAAAAUUCCACUCAAUGCACUUAUCAGACGCUUUGCAAACCUGCUUAUUAAAAAAGAUAUUUCUAAUUCAGAGACCAAAAAAGAACUACUUAAGAAGGUUAAAAAUGCUAUUUCAGCUACUGCAGAGAGAUUCUCUGGCUAUGUACAAAAUGAUGCCCAUGAAUUUUUAAGUCAGUGCUUAGAUCAGCUGAAGGAGGAUAUGGAAAAACUGAAUAAAACUUGGAAGACAGAACCUGUCCUUGGAGAAGAAAAUUCACCAGACACAUCAGCUACCAAAGUGUUCACUUGCCCUGUUAUUACAAACUUGGAGUUUGAGGUUCAGCAUUCCAUUAUCUGUAAAGCAUGUGGAGAAACUAUUCCCAAAAGAGAACAGUUUAAUGAUCUCUCCAUUGACCUUCCUCGGAGGAAAAAGCCACUCCCUCCUCGUUCAAUUCAAGAUUCUCUUGAUCUUUUCUUUAGGGCAGAAGAACUUGAAUACUCCUGUGAAAAGUGUGGUGGAAAGUAUGCUCUUGUCAGGCACAAAUUUAACAGGCUGCCCAGGAUCCUCAUUCUUCAUUUGAAACGAUACAGCUUCAAUGUCGCUCUCUCACUUAAUAACAAGAUAGGACAACAAGUCAUCAUUCCAAGAUACCUGACCCUGUCAGCUCACUGCACUGAAAAUACAAAACCACCUUUUACUCUUGGGCGGAGUGCACCCAUGGCAAUUUCUAGACCAUUGAGAGCCUGUCAAAUGGUGAAUUCCUGCAUCACCAGCCCUUCUGCACCUUCAAAGAAAUUCACCUUCAAAUCCAAGAGCUCCUUGACGUCAUGCCUUGAUUCAGACAGUGAGGAUGAACUUAAACGCUCUGUGGCCUUCAGCCAGAGAUUCUGUGAUUUGGCAGGCAAUGAACAGUGCCAGGAAGAUGUGGAAAAGGAUUUGAAAUUGUGCAGAUUAGAGCCUGGCAAGUCUGACCUGGAGAACUCAGGGUUUGACAGAAUGAGUGAGGAAGAGGUGCUGGCAGCUGUGUUAGAGAUGAGCAGGAGAGAAGCGUCACCACUACUCAGCCCUGAAGACGAUGAUAAGCCAACCAGCAGUCCGGACACUGGGUUUGCAGAGGAUGAUAUUCCAGAAAUGCCUGAAAAUCCAGAUGCUAUGGAAAUUGAGAAGCCCAAAACAAUCACUGAGCCAGGGCCUGCUAGUUUUACUGAGAUAACAAAAGACUGUGAUGAGAAUAAAGAAAACAAAACUCCAGAAGGCUCUCAGGGAGAGGUUGAUUGGCUCCAGCAGUAUGACAUAGAGCGUGAAAGAGAAGAGCAGGAGCUGCAGCAAGCACUGGCUCAGAGCCUUCAAGAGCAAGAGGCUUGGGAACAGAAAGAAGAUGAUGACCUCAAAAGGGCCACAGAGUUAAGUCUUCAAGAGUUUAACAACUCUUUUCUGGAUUCCCUGGGCUCAGAUGAGGACUCUGGAAAUGAGGAUGUUUUUGAUAUGGAGUACACAGAAGCUGAAGCCGAGGAGCUGAAAAGAAAUGCUGAGACAGGAAAUCUUCCUCAUUCCUAUCGGCUCAUCAGUGUUGUCAGUCACAUUGGAAGCACGUCUUCCUCAGGUCAUUACAUUAGUGAUGUGUAUGACAUUAAGAAACAGGCAUGGUUCACUUACAAUGACCUGGAGGUCUCUAAAAUCCAAGAGGCUGCUGUGCAGAGUGAUCGAGAUCGCAGCGGCUAUAUCUUCUUCUAUAUGCACAAGGAGAUCUUUGAUGAGUUGCUGGAGACAGAAAAAAACUCUCAGGCGCUUAGCAUGGAGAUGGGGAGAGCUGCCCGUCAGGCCUCGUGAGGAGAGCCCCAUGGGCGGCGGCACAAGCUGCACAUCUGUCACUGCCACCCUCUGCCCGGAGAGAAUUGGGAACUCUACUUGAUGCAGGAGCAACAGCAGCUCAGGGCCAAACCAAAAGAAACUUCAGUCAUGUGCAACGCUCCGUGCUGUCUUAUGGAAACCUUGGUCUCAUCUAUAGCUGAUUAUCCUCUUUUUCUCCUACAAGAGUGCCGCUUCCUUUUGUCUUAGGAAUGAAUACAUAUUGUAAAUAUAUAUGUACAUACCCACACACAUAUAUUGAAUGAAUGAAUGGAGCCUUAAAGAGCUAGGAUGAGCCACUAGAAGUAGUACUCCUGCUCACAAUGAAUGCUGCAGCUAUUGGCCGAGAAAUCAGAGUGUCCAAGAAUAUUCAUCUGAGGAGCGUUUGGCUUUUAACUUUUGAGGGUUUUUUGUUUUUUUUUUUUCCUUUUUGAGUGGCUUCACUCAAGUCCAACCUUUUAUGCAUGUUGUAAGUAAAGCUCACUGGGAAGCUAGUUACACUAAAACCAGUUUAUUUUCCUUGCAAGAGGCAUUUCUGUAGCCUGAUUUGAGUUUUAUUUUUCUUUUGAUUUUAUGACUCUCAUGCUGUUUACAUGCACUUUCCAAAAAAUGGAUUGUUGGUGCUUCAGAGUGUUACAGUCCCACAUUGCUGUUUCUGAUGCCCUUGGCAUUUUCUCUCAGAUGCCUCCACACAGUGUGUUUGUCAUAAUCUUCCAUGCUGUGCUGAUGGUAAAGCUAGAAGCUUACGUUUUCUUCUGUAUCGGUUUCCCAUGCAGCAUGCAUGACCCCAAUGGAUUACAACCUCAGUUAUAAAAGGUUCACAGGCGACCUCAACUGGGACUCUUUGACAAGGGUGCUUAGGGCAGGAAAGGACAACAUUCUCUGUCCUUCAGGCAGAGAAAGCAAGGAGCAAGCCACUCUUUACAGUGCAGACCCUGGGCCACUAACGCUAAAAGCUAAACACUGUGUUACAAGGGUAAAAAUAAGUAGUGGGAGGGGAUUCCAGGAGCUAUCAGUCAAAGGUGCCUAGUACAUCUCUUACUUGUUAGUGCUCUGAGUGAGACCACCAAGUGUCAGUGCAGUAGCAAGUACUGCAUAAGUCACUGCCCACAGGACCUGCCUGGGUAAGCAGCUAAUGAAACCAUAGAAUGAACCUGGGAAAUUGUCAGCUCAAGUGUCAUUAGGAUUGCACAGACCUUAGCAAAAUGAAGCCUGCAUUCAUUUUUCCCCUAUUUUUUCUUACUUUUAUUAUUAAUGAGAGGGUUGCUGUGAGUUCUGAGUUAUGUAUGAAACUAUAUUAGAUUUUCAGGAGAUGUUAAAACCCAUCGCUGAAGAUGCAGUAGCUUUUCUGGAAAAGUGUAUUCAGAGAGCUCCAGCCUGACUCUUGGAUCGUGGGUGUAUUCUCAUAUAAUCACCUCUUCUAAAGCUCUGAAUCGCUGACAUGUGCCUCGAUGCUUUGACUACUGACAAACUCUGACUCCUACCAUCUACCAGCACACAUCGAAUGUUCCAAAGUGGCACGGGUAGGGUACGCAGCAGUUUACAAUAGAGACAAAUAUUUGUUUUUAAAACUAACCUUAAAUUGUGUUGUUUCACUAGCAGGGGCUUCAUUUUGUCUUGUUUUGCUUGAAAGUGACUGGUUAUCUCGAGUGGGGUGAUGAUCGUGUGCUUUAGCAAGUUCUCUCUCAUCUCUGCACUGGAGAACUUCCAGGUGUUGAAAUGACGAGGAAGUUUAUUUGGGGGGGGGGGGGGGAAAGGCUCUGCAUCGUGCUGUGGAGGACACUGACGUCUGCCUGAGCCUGGGCCGCUCUCACAGCUGCUUAUGUCCCUGUUGACUUAGAAGGCACAGAGCUUGACUCGUUUUGUCUCUCAUGUCUUGGGCAGGACUUGUUAGUUAAGAACAGGUUACUCCUUGCAAAUUUAGGACUUGAAUUUUAUGUCUAGUCCAUAUGAUCUGUCAGCCUCCCUGCGUCCUUUAACAUGACUGCUUGACUCCCAAUGGCAAUCUCACCUAGACGGUAUUGAUGGGGUACUGGUUGUUCCAAGGUGGCUGUGUCUAUUUUAAAAUUAUGAGUAAAUAAUAUAUUCCUUUUUUUAAAAACACUGUGAUCAGAGAAUUGGGGGAUAGAACAAUUAACAUGUUGGGCUAAGAAGGGACAGAUUAUUAGGAACAGAGGGUGGCCGUUCUCUUCAGUCAGCAUAAUAACCUUCCUAUGUAAAAUUCCAAAUGUAUGGUUAUGUUACUUUAAAUGACCGAACUGGAAUUUUAUAGCAAUUGGUACUUUAUACAAUCUUCUUAGCCAAAAUUGGAAGACAAAAUAAACUAGAAAGUUGGUUUUCCAUCCCCACCUACCCCCGUGUUACGCAGAGUUAAAAGCUGCUGCAUGUGAACAUUGUUUAUUUUAGUAGCCAAGACUAUCGUCUAGGUCUGUGAGGAGGCUGGUACUCUUGUUUCAUAGAGAUAGAUGUGUAUACACACACUCAAGCUUUGUCCCAGCAGGAAGAAUAAGUAAAUCCAUGAAUUGUUUAUGAUUCCAAAUUGGUUUCUUACUUUCUAUGGUCACGUAACCUAAACAGCUCAGUAGUAGCAGACACAGCAAAUGUAGACAUGUGUACAUUUUAAGAUGUACUUACAAAUCGGUUAACUCUGGGUGCAAAUAGUGAACUUCAGAUUUUUUUAUCUUUCUUCUAGAUGAAGUAUAAAACUUAGGGGAAAACUCUAAUAGGUCAACCCUCAGCAUAGUGCCUGAGUCUUUCCCUCCACAGCACAGUUGCUGUGGGAUGGCAGAGACCCUUAACUAGAUCUAAGUCCAUGUGAACCUUGUCAGUCCAGCACAUGAAAGUUGCAUAGAAGUGUCCACUCUCCUGCCUGCUUAUAGUAACAUCUCCCUGCAAAUAUGUAUGAAGGCAGGUUUCUGCCCCCUAACAUCCUUAUAAUCCAUUACUUAAAACUGUCUAUAUUGUCUUACCAUCUGGAGAACUAUUUUAUUGAAAAACUCUAUAGUUUCUUGGCCAUGGGAGUUUUGUAAUAAGCACUCUGUGUAUGUCGCCACAGUAGACUCCUUGGUGUUUGCUUUAGUUACUAGAUCUGAACUAUCUCUUAUUUGUACACGAUUAGUAAACUGUAUCCUUUCCAUGAGUGCAGAGAAUAUCUAAGGUCUGGAGGUUUUAAUUAUAGGUGUUCACAUAUGAAUAAACAAUUUAGUGACAGUGGACUUGAAAGUUAAAGAUAGGAGAUAGUCCUCAGGCCUGAGAGGAAGCUGAAUGAGGGUCAGUAAAGAUCCAGGUGUACCAAGCCAGAUCAAGAACAAAGGGCAGGUCUUAGCUAGUCAUUGGAGUAAGAGUGGGCAAGAGGGAGACCAUUGUAGCGCAUACACCUGACCCCUUGCUUCCUUUCCUCUUACGUUCCCUUCUCACCCUCCUUGGCCUUUUGGUGGGGGUUCUUCAUGCCUGGGGGAGGGAAACAAGUGAGGUUCCUGCACUUUGCUGAUUGAGCCGCUCCCAGAUUUGCUGGCAGCUUUGGCCACGUUAUUUGUGAGGUGGCUGUUUUCCCUGUGUUCAGCGUGACUUCGGUUCUGAUGUUUGGUGUUUGUGUGGAACGGCGCUUUAUCUGUGUUUUAGCAGAACUGUUCCUUUAAGGGUUUUCCCUAGUUUUGUUUUCUUUUUAAAUUAUACAGAUUUUUUUGUUUUGUUUUGUUUUUGUAUGUGUGUGAGAGACAUUAAAGCCUUUAUUAACCUUA